UCAAACGCAGCGGAAAAGGGAAGCGCAUUGUUGACAGGUGAACGGAAAAAAAAAAAAAUAUAUAUAUAUAUAUAUAUAUAUAAAUAAAUAUAUAUACAUAUAUAUAUAUAUGUUCGAGCUGCGACGGUGGGAGAGAUGGAUUUGAACAAAACGGUGUUAUGUGAGAGCCUGAUUAUUUGGUUGCAAACCUUUAACACUGCAGCACCAUGUACCACAGUGGAGGAUCUGACCACCGGUGCUGCUAUGGCACAGGCUCUGCAUCAGAUAGAUCCAUCCUGGUUCAGUGACAGCUGGCUGACACGGAUUAAGGAAGAUGUUGGAGAUAACCUGAGACUCAAGUUGAACAACCUUAAGAAGAUCUUGCAGAUGAUUGUUGAUUACUAUAACGAGGUUCUGAAUCAGCAGAUGUCAGGCUUCCCCAUGCCUGAUGUGGUGCGCGUGGCCGAACUCUCCGACCCCGUGGAGCUCGGGCGCCUCCUCCAACUCAUCCUCGGCUGUGCGGUCAAAUGUGAUCGGAAACAAGAGUAUAUCCAGAUCAUAAUGACUCUGGAGGAGUCUGUGCAGCAUGUAGUCAUGACAGCCAUUCAGGAGCUAAUGAGUAAAGAAUCCAUGACCCAGUUUGGGACGGAGCCACAGGGUGACGUUGAUCAACAGCUGAAGAAAGCUCUGGAGGACUUGAGCGAGCUGAUGGCAGAGAAAGAUGAGCUAGCUCAACGCUGCCAAGAGCUCGACAUCCAGGUGGCAAUUCUGCAGGACGAGCGGAAUAGCCUCCUAGCGGAGAACGACGUUCUGACGGAUCGAACCAGUCAGUUGGAUUCUUUUGACAAUCCCAGCACUCCAUCAGGGAAGAAACACAGUCAGCUCCAGCUGCAGCUAGAACAGGUCCAAGAGGAGAACUUCAGACUGGAGGCCGCUAAAGAUGAUUACCGUAUUCACUGUGAGGAGCUGGAAAAACAGCUGGUGGAGCUUCAGCAUCGUAAUGAUGAACUGACCAGCCUGGCCGAGGAGUCUCGCUCGCUGAAGGACGAGCUGGACAUACUGAGGAGCUGCUCUGACCGGGCGGUGAAGCUUGAGGCCUCUGUGGAGACGUACAGGAAGAAGCUGGAGGAUCUUGGCGACCUGAGACGACAGAUGAAGGCUCUGGAAGAGAAGAACAUGACUUACAUGCACAACACUGUCAGUCUGGAGGAGGAGCUUCGCAAGGCCAACGCUGCUCGCGCCCAGCUAGAGACAUACAAGAGACAGGUCCAGGAGCUUCACAGGAAGUUGUCAGAAGAGACACGCCGAGCCGAUAAUCUGGCCUUCGAGAUGAAGGAGUUUGAGGAAAAGCAUGAAGCCUUACUGAAAGAGAAAGAGAGGAUCAUCAUUGAGCGAGACUCUUUAAAAGAGACCAAUGAGGAGCUUCGCUGUACACAAGCUCAACAAGACCAGCUUCUGCAAGCGGAAAUGUAUAAGACUGGGAGUCCGAGUCGGGACAACUUAGCUGCUGAGAUGUUGCCUAUCGAGUACAGAGAGAAGUUCAUUCGUUUGCAGCAUGAGAACAAGAUGCUGCGAGUGCAACAGGAAGACUCUGAGAACGAGCGCAUCGCUGAGCUCCAGAUGCAUCUGGAGGAGGCACGGCGUUCACGCAGUGAGCUGGAAACUGAGAACAGGCUGAACAGAGAGAGCAUCAGUGAGCUGCAGCAGCAGGUUGAAGAUUUGCAGAAAGCUCUCCAGACCCAGGGAGCCAAACCCGAAGAUUCUCACCUGAAGAGGAAGCUGGAUGCUCACAUGGUGCAGCUGAAUGAAGCACAAGAUGAGAUCAUGAAGAAGAAGGAGCUGCUGGAGGACCUACAGCCGGAUGUGUCUCAAUCCUCAGCACUGAAGGUGGAUGAACUGAUGGCUGCUCUGAAGAAGAAGGACGAUGACAUGCGAGCGAUGGAGGACCGAUACAAAAUGUAUCUGGAGAAAGCACGCAAUGUGAUCCGAGCACUGGACCCGAAAUUAAACCCAGCCUCAGCUGAAAUCCAGUCCCUGAAGAACCAGCUGUCAGAGAAGGAGAAGAGAAUAAUUGCUCUUGAGAGAGAGUGUGAGCAGGCGAAGCUCAGAGAGUAUGAGGAGAAGCUGAUUGUGACUGCGUGGUACAAUAAGAGCCUGAAUUUUCAUAAGCUGGCGAUCGAGUCUCGUCUGAGCGGCUGCUCUAACUCUCUGGUGCCACCUGGUCAGUCCUUCCUGGCCCAGCAGCGUCAGGUGACCAACGCACGCCGCACCAUGUCAAUCAACGUGCCUGCCAGCUCCUCCAAGUGAUAACUCCACCUCCCCUCCACCCACUACACCUGGUUUUCCCUUUCCUCAAGUGCACACUUAAGUGACCUUAAACACCUUGAACCCCUAAAUAAAGGGACAAGCACGCCAUAAUGUGAACAUUAGCACUUAGGAACCCUACAUAUAUAAAUAUAUAUAUAUAUCUAUACAUGUAUAUCUGCUCCAACAAUCAAGCAACACUUUACAGAAACAAUACUCACUCAAGCACAGUAAUGUCAGUUUUACAGAAUAUUACACUUUAAUUGUCCAUGCACACUUCACCCUCUGCAAAUAGUGACAUGAGUCAAGCUGUAUUACUGGCUUGAUAUCUAUAUUAUAUGAGGUUAUGACCUUUUCAGAGAGAGAGAGAGAGACAUAUCACGAUCUUGUCCUUGGGUUCAGGAUGCAUGGCGCAGGACUGGACUUCCUGUAGUAUUCUAUGCAGUCAGGUAACGUGUACUAUUAUAAGUAUGAAUACUACUAUUCCCCUGAAUGUGUAUAUGUAUAGAGAGAUGUGUGUUUAUUGACAUUGCAUUUUAAUCUCUCAGCUUCCAUGCAUGUUAACGAAAUCAGUUACGUUGAAUGGUGGAUAAAAGAUCAGGAAA